GCGGACACAGACUCUCAACCCGGGGGGGGGAUCAGACACAAAGAGGCUGCAGAGGAUCCGGUCACAGCUGCUGUAUUCCCGGUGCGGGGGGGUCCCGGUGUUCGGUUUGGGGGUCUGAGUGUCCGGAUUGGUUGCCCAGGAGGAAGUGCUACACUACACCGGCAGUUCACACCGGCUCCCCGGAACUCACCGUUCCCUCGCAGCGCGCACCCGCGGCCCAGCAUGGGGAGGAGUCUAAAGGAAGCGCGCACCGAGGUGACAUCACCCCGACCCCCGAAUAUGUGAGAGUAGUCCCCCACCCCUAAAUUACUGCUAGACUACCCUUGGCCCACAGUAAUUGACUUAUACCUUAUAUAUAACAGUGUCUGCCUUUAACUACACUAAAGCCCUGUGAUACCCCAAAAUUACAUGAGUACCCCUAGCAGAGCGUUACUCCAGCACAUGUUCGUGCACUAGCCAUUACUGGGACUACUUCCUAAAUCACCACGCCUCCAUUAAUACUUCUUCCACAUGCCUGAUAACCCCAAGAGCCAACUCCAGCCAUACAUCAUAUUUUUACACUUUCAUUUAGAAGUGGGUGGAUGUAUUGAAUAACAAGCUCUAUCCUGCAUAUUCACCUUAUGUAAUAUUUAAACCCAGGUGCCCAAACAUCAAGAUAUUGCCCCAGUGAUCUGAAAGGGUGAUGGCAUUACUUUUAUGUUGAAAGGACAUUUGGUAGGAGUGAUAAUCCAGCCUCAUUUUGUGAAGUUGACCAUAAUUAUUUUGAAAUGAUUCAGAAUCCCUUCACACAACUUUUAACCAUUGAAGUAGAGAAGAUAGUCCCAACAUUCAUACUUCUUGAGAGAUAUCCCAUUAUAAUCAACAACUGACCAAUUUUUUUAUAUGCAGGAUUUUACCUGCCCUGGACUGUAGUGUUAAUCCUUUUUUUACUAUAGAAGUUAAGGUCCGUAUUGACAAUACAGUAUGGAGCGUGUAGCAGAGGCAUGUGGCCCUUCAUAUUACACUUAUCAGGUGAGCCAGCACAGCUCAGAUGUUCUUCAGCAGUUGAAUCAACAACGCAAGAGUGGGGGACGUUUUUGUGAUGUGGUACUACGUGUUGGGGAGGACAGUUUUCCAGCUCAUCGUGCUGUGCUAGCGGCCUGCAGCCAGUAUUUUGAGACCGUUCUGGGUGCUGCAGAGGGACCAACUCCCCGAGAACUGGAGAUGCACACCAUCAGCUCUAAGGUGUUUGGUGACAUCCUUGACUUUGCAUACACGGCACGAAUAGUGAUCCGACUAGAGAGUUUUCCUGAGCUCAUGACUGCUGCCAAAUUCUUACUUAUGCGCUCAGUCAUUGACAUAUGUCAGGAGGUGAUCAAGCAGUCUAAUGUGCAGAUCCUGGUCCCUCCUGCACGACCUGACAUAAUGCUGUUCAGAUCAGGAUCUUCAGAUAUUGGUUUUCCAUUGGAUAUGAGUAAUGGGACCAUUUUGGGCAGCUCAGGCAUUGCUGGUUCUCUUGGGGAAGAAGAGGAGGACUCUGUACGACCAGGACCAGCUGUACCAAGCCAGGCCUCCCUUUUAGCUCUUGGUGGAACACCACAGAUUUUGCCUCCAGCAUAUCAGUUAGGAGGUCAGUCUCUUGGAAGCAGAAGAGGACGGGGAAGACCAAGAAAGCCAAGUUCCUUAGAUUCAGUGCUUUUUAAUGCUGUGGGUGGACUGCGGGAGGGUGGAGUGCUACCUUGCGGACUUUGUGACAAGGUUUUUACUGACCCUCUGCGUUUGCGACAGCAUGAAGCACAGCAUGGAGUUACAAGCCUGCAGUUGGGUUAUGGUGAUCUGCAGGCUUCUCGACUGGGUGAGAAUGGCUUGGGACAGGAAGAACCAGGAAUGCCAAGAAAGAGGAACCGAGUAAGGAAACAAGUGUCUUGUGAUCUAUGUGGGAAGAUUUUCAGGGAUGUUUAUCACCUGAACCGACACAAAUUAUCUCAUUCGGGAGAGAAGCCAUAUUCUUGCCCUGUAUGCGGCCUGCGCUUUAAACGCAAAGACAGAAUGUCCUACCAUGUUCGCUCACACGAUGGUUCAGUUGGGAAGCCAUAUAUUUGCCAGAGUUGUGGGAAAGGGUUCUCCAGGCCGGACCACCUUAAUGGGCACAUUAAGCAGGUUCAUACAUCAGAGAGACCCCACAAGUGUGAGAAAACUGCAGAAGGAAUGUCCAAUGAAGUGCGCAAUGAUCUGGAGAAAGGAGGAGGACAGACGUGUAACGCUUCAUUCGCCACACGUGACCGGCUUCGCUCACACUUGGCUUGUCACGAGGACAAAGUUCCAUGUCAGGUGUGCGGGAAAUACCUGCGGGCUGCUUAUAUGGUCGAUCAUCUGAAGAAACACAGUGAGGGGCCCAGCAACUUCUGCAGCAUCUGUAACCGAGGUUUCUCCUCUGCCUCCUACUUAAAGGUGCAUGUUAAAACCCAUCAUGGUGGCCUCCUCAGCACUGGCCCUCGGAGGCCGGAGUCCGUCCCCAACGGGGCAGCGCUCUUCCACUGUGUCAGGACCUGUGGCGUGAAAGAUGGAGAGAAAUGCCCGCAUGGAGAACAGGAGAGCUCUGAUUCUUAUGGUGACCUUUCCGAAAGCAGUGAUCUUAAAUCCAUAGAGAAGCAGAAUGCGAAUGGAUCCUACUCAGCAUGUGAACUGGUGAUCCCGAAGAAAACUGAAGCGGAGCCUGAAAAGAGAUACCCUUGCACAGAGUGUGGCAGCUUUUUCCGGUCCAAAGCCUAUCUUAAUAAGCACAUCCAGAAAGUGCAUGCCCGACCACUGGGGGCUGGACUUGGAGACUUGGGGCCUGCACUUGGCCCAACACUUGGGCCUACCCUUGGCCACUCAUUGGGUCCUGCUUUAGGGCCCACCCUUGGCCCUGCUUUAGGUGCAUCACUUGGGCCAGCUCUAGGAUCUGCUUUGGCUUCUCCUUUCUCCCCUCAACAGAACAUGUCACUGCUUGAAUCAUUUGGUUUUCAGAUUGUUCAGUCUGCUUUUGCAUCAUCUCUUGUGGAUCCUGAGGGGGAACAGCAGGGGAUGAGCACAGAGGGAAAGUAGCAAAUCUCAAUGGACGAGGAGAGGACACAGCAGGGACUGCAGAGAAAGCUUUUCAGAAUGAGCAUGAGGGCAUACUGACAUAGAAUAAUCAUGUACAAUAGGUAUUUUAUAAGGGGAGAAUGUUGUCCCAAAGCCUUGUAAUGCAUUCAAGAAAAAAAAUGAGCAGGAAAAGGAAGCCAAAGGAGAAGCUUUCAGAGCAGGUGUAUCCUGACCCUCAAAUGUAUUAUUGAUGAUGGUGGGGAGACCAUUUUUUCUAUAUUCAUUAACUAGUUUCAAUUCUAAUGUGCCUCUGCUUUGCUCUUUGGAUGAUUGAUUACGUUGAGGUUUCUGAAAGGAAGUUGAGAAUAUAAAAAAAAUUUCUUUUUUCUUCUCCUAGUAAUUUGAAAUGCUUGAUUUCCAGUCCAAGCCAGUGAGUGAUUCCAAAAUUACUUUGUAUAUCGGCAAUUCCACACUAGCAAGAACCUGUAAGGUUUACAGGUCUGUGCGUGAGCACAUGAAGUGCUUUUUCUGUGAAUAUUUUGUACUUUGCUGGAGAUUGAUAGUAAUCCUGGACAGAUCCAGCUUGUACUGUAAUAAACACAACGAUGUGCUUA